AUGUCACUUCUCGCAAACGGUGGCAGAAUUGUGCCCAUACUUGCGGCCCACGAACAACACCACCCCGACUCCACCCUCAACACAGAUAUACUAGCACAGUAUCCUCUUCCCCAAACCACUGACCAGGCUUCGCUGCUGGACCAGCGACAAGAUGCUUCACCCAUCCGACAAGAUACCUCGCCUACCCGACACAAGAAAUCAGUCGACCUGGAAAGCUUGGAAAUGCCCUGCUUAAGAGAACAGGGUUUAUUCGCUUUACCUACAGAAGGUGACGGGAAUUGUCUCUACUACUCCCUCUCCGACCAAUUAUACGGGAGCUUCGACCACGGCGACGAGAUCCGUCAGCUACUAGCCGACCAUAUGACAACACACAAGAGAUACUUCAUGCAAUUUGUGGUGGCUGAGGGUGGUGAACGCCGUCGUCCCAAACGAGCCGCCGUGUCCGCCUACGCUACGCGUUCCGCCGAUGUUGCAGCUCCCUCCGACGAGGACAAAGAGCGUCGAUUCGAAGAAAUGGUAGCUACAACUCGGAAAAAUGGAGAAUGGGGCAGCUCUGAGAGUCUUCAGGCUUUCUGCCAAGUUUACCAUGUGGACAUCAAUGUUUACACAAUGGAUGGUGUGCAAGCAUUCCGGGACGUGAAUGCUUUGCCCGAUGAACAUCGUGAUGUUAUUAAUGUUGCGUUCCACGAUUUCAAACACUAUUCUUCAGUGCGGCCUAUAGACAGAUCCCACAAGGGCCUCUUUGAGGUCUCCGCAGGCUACCAGUCACCCGACCUACCCACCCACCCUCAAUAUACCCACGUCGACGAUUGUAAAGAGCAUGUUUCGUCUGAAUUUACAGCGGCAGCUCUUGAAAAAGACAAUAUUAUCCCCCGGGAUUCCCAUCUCGCGUCCACUGACUCUACAGACGACCCCGGCUUAGCCGUUGACGUCUACCCUCCUUGGGAUAUACAAUCCAUCCAAGAUGGACUUGGCGGGCGAUAUGAUCGCGACACCAUUGUAGAUAUGCUUCAAAAGUGCCGUGGUGACAUUGAUCGGGCAUUUGCCGCUCUGUUGGACACCCCCACAGACAAACAAGUUGCACCCGCCCAGAGUUUCAACUCGAGUGUCCAGAUGUCACGAGAAUCAUCCCCCUUCAGCACAGGCAGCAAAAGAUCUGCUGAAGACAGCGGCGAUGACUCAGAAGAGCCACGUCCAGCCAUUCGCCGAGGUCGACCCAGGAAACGCAUGGUCUCGAAAUUGACCUUGGGCGUUGGCAUAUCUUUCCGAGACGACCAAAACGAGGUCGUCUCUCUGAAUCUUCGAGUGAGUUCGAUCUGCUAG